ACCAGGGAGAGAGAAAGAGACUGGGUGAGUUUUGUUUUUAACAGCUCGUGGAAAGAGAGAGUUUAAAGAGAGUGAAAAAGAGAGGCUGUUUUGUCAGGUUUUGUCUUUAGGUGGGUUCAACCUUGUGAUAUCCUUGCCUCGUUGUCUCUGUGUAGUUGGCCAUUAACUUGUCCUUUAGAGUUUUGAUGGACUCACCGAGAAACACUGUAGCUAAGGAUAGAAACAAGGAAUGAAUAGUCCUGCAAGCCUUGAGCCAGAUUCUGAUGACUUUGUUGAGGUUGAUCCUACUGGGAGAUAUGGAAGAUACAAUGAAAUUCUUGGCAAAGGAGCUUCAAAGACAUUAUAAAGCCUUUGAUGAGUAUGAAGGAAUUGAGGUGGCAUGGAAUCAGGUGAAGCUCUAUGAUUUCCUCCAACGUCCUGAAGAUCUUGAGAGGCUUUACUGUGAAAUUCACCUACUCAAGACCUUGAAACAUGAGAAUAUCAUGAAAUUCUACACUUCUUGGGUUGAUGCAGCUAACAGGAACAUCAACUUUGUCACUGAGAUGUUCACCUCUGGUACUCUCAGACAGUAUAGGUUAAAACACAAGAGAGUAAAUAUUAGAGCUGUGAAGUAUUGGUGUAAGCAGAUAUUGAAGGGGCUUCUCUAUCUCCAUAGCCAUAACCCUCCUGUAAUCCACAGAGAUCUCAAGUGUGACAACAUUUUUGUUAAUGGCAACCAAGGAGAAGUCAAGAUUGGGGAUCUUGGUCUCGCUGCAAUCCUUAAGAAAUCCUAUGCUGCUUGUUGCGUUGGAACGCCAGAGUUCAUGGCUCCAGAGGUGUACGAAGAGGAAUACAAUGAAUUAGUUGACAUAUAUUCUUUUGGGAUGUGUGUGUUGGAGAUGGUUACCUUCGAAUAUCCAUAUAGUGAAUGCAGCCACCCUGCUCAGAUAUACAAGAAAGUUAUAUCUGGGAAAAAACCAGAUGCUCUAUACAAAGUAAAGGAUCCAGAGGUGCGACAAUUUGUUGAAAAAUGUCUAGCAACCGCGUCAAGUAGACUCUCUGCCAGAGAACUUUUGGAGGACCCUUUUCUCCAAAUUGAUGAUUAUGGAUAUGAUUUGACGUCAUUAGAUUACCAGGGUGAUUGUAAUGAAAUAGGUGCUCUAGUAAGACAACCUUUCUAUGGAAUUAAUCACACUAGCAACUCUUUGACUAAUGGUUAUGCCCAUUAUCUUUGUUAUGGUCCUGAGAAUGAAAUAGAGUACCAUAAAGUUGAAUAUGAACCAACUGAAAUUGAUCUCCUUUUUUGUCAAGAAGAUGAACAUUUUGAAAAUGUUGACAUUACAAUCAAAGGUAGGAGGAGAGAGGAUGAUGGCAUCUUCUUGAGGCUCAGAAUUGCAGAUGAAGAAGGUUGCAUUCGAAACAUCUACUUCCCAUUUGAUAUUGAGACUGACACUGCUCUGAGCGUUGCAGCUGAGAUGAUUUCUGAGCUUGAUAUCACUGAUCAAGAUGUGUUGAAGAUAGCAGAUAUGAUCGAUGGUGAAAUUGCAAGCUUGGUACCUGAAUGGAGAAGAGGACAGGAGAAAGAGGAAAGUCUACAGUGUGCAAAUGCAACUUUCUGUCAAAAUUGUGCUUCAUACGGUUACCUGUUGGAUUAUUUGUCGUCAAAUAGUCCAGGAGCCAAGAACUUGCAAGUUCUUCAAUGUUCUAAACAUGGAAGUGCUAAUCUACAUGGCCGAUUUGAGGAGAUCACAUACCAAAUUGAAGGGCCAGAAAAAUGUCCCAGCACUGACUGUGCACCAUUUGGAUCAAGCCAAUCCAAUGGCAUAAGUUAUACGGACAUCUGGGCUCAGCGAGAUGCCCCAGAGUUAAGUUCACAAGGAUUAAGAGAGAUUCAUUGUGAUGAUGAGGGAAAUGAUGCAGUGGACCAAUCAAUCUUUGAAAAGGAAGAGAGAAUCAUAAAUAUGGAGAGUUUUUCUGAAUCCAACACAACAAAUUGUGUCUCUUCAAGCGUUUCGGCAGCUUGUGCUCACUGGGAUGAUUAUGAGAAUGAAAUUAGGCAAGAACUGAGAUGGCUUAAAGCAAAAUAUCAGAUGCAGUUAAGGGAGCUUAGAGACCAACAAUUGAGAGUCAAAUCAAAACCAUCAAGCCCAGAUCCUAAUUCAGAUAACAAAGAUCACAAUAUGGACAAUGGAGUUCAUUUGCCUUCAAUUUUGACUAAAGUAAAGAGAGAGGAAUAUAAACCUUCCCUGAAAUCUCUCCCCUCUGGGAAGCAUCUCAAUUCAACUUUCCUUACGGAUGCGGAGAAGAGAUGUGCCAACUUAGAAUACCAAGUAGUCCAAAAUUUCGAGGCAAUCAACAGGGGAUACAGCCCUGAGCAAAUGGUAACUGCUAAGAGUUUCUACACUGGAGAUUUACUUCCAUAUCCUCUUCACAGGGCAACCUCCCUUCCAGUUGAUGCUCUUGAUGUUUAAUAACUGCACAGUUUUCUACCCACUUCACCAAGUGUGUCAUUAAUAGCUAGGAUGCUUCUCUCUUUUGAUAAGGAAAAAAAAGAGGCGAUGAAAAAUUGAAAUUAGCUGUACAAGCAGAGAUGUGGUUUUUACAGCUUUCACAGUCUCUCUCCACAUAGGAUGUGUUCACUUGGGUAAACAUUGAAUGUACAUUACAAAUUAACAUCCAAAUGAACAAGUUUCCUCAAAUUCUGUCUCACAUCUCCUAAAAUGAGAGAGUUUCCUCCUAUGUUCCCAUUAUCUCCAUUGGAUACUCUGAACUUCUAUGAAUAAUUACUCCCGGUUGGCCA